CGUGUAUACUAAUGAAUUUAGUAACUAAAAAAAUAUCAAAAUAUGUAUGAUAGAAAUAAAAAAAGUACUAGUAACUUUAAAGUUUGGAUUUAAUUAAAAAUAUUACAUUGUUUUUCUGAAACAAUUACAAUUAACAUGAUAUAAUUAAACAAGGAUUAUUGAUUGUCUAAAUUAACAACAUGUCUAAAACAAAGCAAAACUUAAUGAACAAUGAACAAUAUUUUACGUGUUUUUGCGAAAAAUAUGCGAAUAACACAAGAAAUUUGGUGUUAAAAGGAAGGGAUUUAAUUAUCGCAAAGGGGUAUAUAAAAAUAUAUACAAGUUAAAUGUUCAAAAUAAUAAUAUAAUGGAAGCAGGUAUUGAUUAUAUGUGUGAAAUAGGACAAAAUUUACGUAUCAAGAGCCUUCAAUUAAGUGGGAAUAAGUUUGGCAUUGAAUCUUCAAAAAAAAUAGCAUUACUAUUAUUGAAAAAUCCAUACUUAGAAUAUUUGGAUAUAGCAGAAGUUGAUCAAACUAUUUCAAGUUUAAUAUAUUUCACAACAGUUAUGAGAUUAGAUCAACCUAUGUAUAAUGAAACUUUAAAAAUUUUGGACAUUAGUCGUCCAAAUCCAGGAUGUAUGUAUUUUUUUAAUGCAGAACAAUUUGCAACUCUUAUUGGACAUAUGUUAAGAAAUAAUACUUGUUUGUUUGCAUUGCAUUUACAAAAAUGUGGUUUUAAUUGCCAUGACAUUGAAUGUAUGAUGAUAAAUGCACAAUAUAAUCACACAUUACAUUUUCUUGAUCUUGCGUGUAAUAAUAUAGGAGAUCAUGGAAUGCAUCAUCUUGCUAAUUGGCUUAUAAAAACUUCUGCUUUACGUGGCCUUAUUUUGAGCAAAAAUAUUAUAACUGAUCAUGGUGCAAGGAUAUUAAGUCAUACUAUACCAUUUUCCAAGCUUAAGUUUUUAGAUAUUUCAUUUAAUAAAAUAACUGAUGAAGGUAUGGUAAAUAUUUUAAAUUCUUUAAAAAAGAUUUCACUCAUAAAAAGCUUACGAAUAUUUGGUAACUUUCUUAGUCAUAUAACUGCUAAGACUAUAAAGAGAAUAUUAUUAUCAAAAGUUUUAUAUCAAACAAAUCUUGAUGUCAAGCCUUAUAGAGUAGAAGAUAAAUGGUACUGUGCUCAAUAUCCAAUGGACUGUUCUAAAGAACAUUUGUAUGAUAUAAUUGAACUUUCCACAAAGAACAAUAAAAAAACAGAAACUUUUUCUAACAUAUAUAAAUUCAAUGAAACAAGUAAAAUAAAAAAAAUUCAUAUGUGGCUAAUACUACUUUAA